UUCGUCGCUAGUCGCAAAUUUGGAAAAGAGUGAGUGCUGCUAUUGAAAUUGACUGUUUCAUUCGACCAAGUAAUUAAAAAGCUUUGUGUUGUCGUCACAUUUGUGCAAACAGUGAUACAAAUCGUCCAGCCACUUCAAAGUGAAGUCCAGUGAUCUCGUCUAUCGGACCCACCACCAGAAAGCCGUUCGAGAUCGAGACACGGAUAUUGAGAGGGAAAGCAACGGCAGCAACGCAAGGCGAAUAAAAGCAAAACCAUGCCAGCUGAUGCAUUUUCAAGAAUGGAUUCGUCCGGAUCCGCGGCCGAAGCGGCCUCGUCCAGCGAGGCGAAGGACAUUCCUGCCAAUAUUGAAGCUGCCAUCCUGAGGGCACGAACUGAGAGUGAAGGAUCCGAUAAGUCCGGUCCCACUCGCUUCGUUCUCCCGGGAACUUCCGGUAGUCCGCCGAAGAUCCUCACCUUGGAUGAAGUUCAGGACGCCGUUAAGAACAUCGAAAACAUGACUUUGGCUCACGAAAUCGCCGUCAACAGUGACUUCAAACUGCAACCGUACGAGCCUCCGGAGAACUCCCUGGAACGAAUCAUCAAAGACACCAUGCACAAAGCGUACUGGGAGAUUCUGCGGGAGCAACUGGAACGUCAACCACCGUGCUACGAUAUGGCCAUCCAGCUGUUGGCGGACGUUAAGGAUGCCUUCCAAAGUGUGCUGAGCAAAAACAACGAACGUGCCCUUACCAGGAUCAACGAGAUCCUCGAUGAAACUGUAAUACGGCAGCAGGCCGAGCAAGGCGUACUGGAUUUCCAGGUCUACGCCAAAUUUGUGAUUCACAUCAUGGCCCUGUCAUGUGCUCCGGUUCGAGAUGAACAGAUUGCCAAACUAAAAGACAUUCAAGAUGUAGUGGAACUGUUCCGUGGCAUUUUGGAAGCCUUGCAACUGCUAAAGUUGGACAUGGCCAACUGUCUGCUAGAUGCCGCUAGGAACGACGUGAUUGCAAACUCCGUCGAGUACGAAAAGCAAAAGUUUAAGCAAUUCCUCGAACUCUACAAGGAUGGCUUCCCGGAGACGGAAAAAUGGCUCAAACGUAACAAAGUGCCCGAAAAUACUGCCCAGCCAGGGCCAGCGGCGGCUGAUCCGUCGACAACUGGUAGCGACAAUCAGCAGCGUCGUUCAAAAGACACAAUCUUCAAUGCGUACUUGGAGCUUAUCGAUUGGAACACAGAGAACGAGUUCCCGGAAAUGCUGGAAAUGGACCGGGAUCGUGUGAUCGGUCUACAAGGACGUGCCUCUCGUUUGUGCACCUGCGCUUCUACGCUUGCCAUCACUUGUGCUGCCAUUCCGUCAAUCGCUCAAGUAGCAGAUCUACGUAAGAACCUCGCCAAGGAGCUGGUCAUUCUGCUUCAAAAUUGCAACAACACCAAAGACCUGGAUGACAACAUCGAGAACAUUUGGCUGCACGUUCGAUCUGUGAUCGCAGCGCGAUUGCAGGAAACCAACCAACCCAAACUGGACGAAGCCGUAGAGAGUACGCUAAAGACUCAGAUUCUUCAAAUAGCUAAGAAGGAAUCUCCGGUUCGGAAUCUGAUGUGGAAACGUUUACUGGCGUACAUUCAGCUGGUGCUUAGGACGAAUAGUUCCAUUCCGGUGCCUCCCGGAUUCCAGGAAUUUGCGGACGAUGUGGAAGGCCUAGCCACGGCAUUCAAACGUAUUUCCUACUACAACUAUGCAGUUUACGGAGAGUAUUUUCACGAGAUUUUGAACAAGAUAUAAACUGGGUUCGGGAAUAUAAUCAUCUCGAAUGUAGGAUCUUCCAUGUGCAGUUAUCAUCAUUUACAUCGCAGUGUGUAAUUUUCGUGUAUUUCCAUUCGAACGUUAUAAUUUAGAACAUUUUUGUUCAGUAAACAUAAUAUAUCACUACAA